UUAUUUAUUCCUCCCAGAAAUACCAGAAGCAAUCUCACCUUCCUCUAUCGCUUAGGUAGCCUAGCCUCUCCCGGCGGGACAACAGAUUUUUCAUUGGACGGCGGGGUGAUGCCGCGUCAUCAGCGUGCGACCCGCAGAUAUGGCGUUUGUUUCUCUUUGCUAGGUGCGCGAUGCAAGAACACGAAACACUGCGCCCUUUAAAUGAAUUGAGGUAUUAAACGGAUGGUGGGCGCCUUGUUGUGUGUCGUAGGCGUCCAGGAUGAGCGGGGGUUUGGCACCAAGCAAAAGCACUGUGUACGUGUCCAACCUUCCCUUCUCUCUGACCAACAGUGACCUGCACAAGCUAUUCACCAAAUACGGAAAAGUUGUCAAGGUUACAAUCGUUAAGGAUAAAGACACUCGCCAGAGUAAAGGGGUGGCGUUUGUCCUCUUCCUGGACAGAGAGUCCGCUCACAACUGUGCAAGAGCAGUAAACAACAAGCAGCUGUUUGGCCGAACAGUGAAAGCGAGCAUUGCCGUCGACAAUGGACGAGCAGCCGAGUUUAUAAAGAGGCGGAACUACACAGACAAGUCUAAAUGUUACGAAUGUGGGGAUACAGGUCAUCUGAGCUAUGCGUGCCCCAAAAACAUCCUAGGAGAGAGGGAGCCCCCAAAGAAGAAAGAAAAGAAAAAGAAGAAAAAGGCUGAACAAACUGAACAUGUUGAAGAAGAAGAUGAAGAAGAAGAAAGUGAAGAAGGAGGAGAGGACCCAGCUUUAGAUAGUCUGAGCCAAGCUAUAGCUUUUCAGCAAGCCCAUAUUGAGGAAGAGGAGGAGAGACGGAGGAAGCUGGCACUUUUGUCUCAAGAGGCACACGCUUCGACAUCCUCCGAUUCUAAGAAACCACGAAUUAAAAAGAGUGCGUACUUCAGUGACGAGGAGGAGCUCAGUGAUUAAUAAUGACAGUGGACAUCACCACCAAAUUGUUCGCUUGAUCUGGAUUUAGUUGUGUGAGGUUUUGAAUAACCCCUUUUCACCUCUGGAGCUGAGACAUUUUCAUGUUUUCUAGAAAUAUGGUGUAAUCUUUCUUACAUUGACUGUGUUGCUGAUGGUUUUUAUUUUUUAUUUUCAAUCAAUAAAUCCUUGUUUCUUAA